GCUGCUCUGCUCUGUGCCAAAGAAAAUGUAUUUUGCUGUUGUGUUGUGUUUGUUUAUAAAACCGAGUUUGGUGUAUGUGGAGAAAUAUAAGAAGUUUUAGUUUUUGUUAAAAAAUUUAAAUGCGACCUUCAUGAAUGACCUUCAAACAACAAUUCGUCGAUAGGACAAUAUACGCAUGCGUAAAUUAAUGUCAAAUUGUGUUUGGCGCGCUGAUAAGGUGUUGUUCUGUUCACGAUCACUUGAUCGCGAUGUUACUAUUUUUUUAGUCGCGCAUCAGAUAACAUACAUUUCUCACGUUCUUUAAAUCUAUUGUCGUCACAUUACUUACUUUUAAGAUGUCGAAUGAAAAAAUGGAUGUAGACAAACAAAUGGCACGACAAAAUGGCAUUGUGCAACCUUUAUUAACUGACCUUUAUCAAAUAACUAUGGCUUAUGCAUAUUGGAAAUCUGGAAAAGUAAAUGAUGUUGCUGUUUUUGAUUUAUUCUUUCGGAACAAUCCUUUUCAAGGAGAAUUUACAAUUUUUGCUGGAUUGGAGGAGUGUUUAAAAUUUUUACAAAAUUUUCAUUACUCUGACAGUGAUAUCGAGUACUUAAGACAAACUUUGCCUGGUAACAUUGAACUUGAAUUUUUUGCAUAUUUAAAAGAUUUGACAUGCAAAGACAUAAAACUCAGUGCUAUAGAAGAGGGAUCAGUUGUCUUCCCAAGAGUUCCUCUUCUAAGGAUAGAAGGACCUUUAAUAAUUACACAGUUAUUGGAAACCACUCUACUGACCUUAGUAAAUUUUGCAAGUUUAAUGGCUACAAACGCUGCUAGAUACCGUAUGGUAGCUGGGAAACAUGUAUCUCUAUUGGAAUUUGGAUUGCGGAGAGCGCAAGGACCUGACGGGGGACUCUCCGCUUCAAAGUACGCAUAUAUUGGUGGUUUCGAUGGGACGAGCAAUGUACUCGCUGGCAAAAUGUUCAAUAUACCAGUGAGGGGGACGCACGCUCAUUCGUUCGUGACGUCAUUCAGCACGCUGGCGGACCUGUCCGCGGUGACACUCGCACACGCGCACACGCACGAACCACGGGACCUGCUUUCAUUGGCUACUGACUGGCGCCAGAGAGUUUCGUCCAUCAUAGAUAUAUCGCCCGAAGAAGCCAGUGAUGGAGAACUUGCUGCGCUCAUAUCAUAUGCCAUAGCUUUCCCGUCAGGUUUCUUGGCCUUAGUGGAUACGUACGAUGUCAAGAGGUAUAAUUUUCAAGGCUUACCCACACGACACAGCGAGCAUUUGAAUGGGCAUUCUGGCUACAAUAGCAACUGUGGAACCAAUGGUCCUAGAAUACAAAAAUCACCGGUACAUAGUACAUAUGGAUAUAGCACGGUCGAACGCACACUGAGGAGUGGGUUGUUGAACUUCUGUGCCGUUGCCCUUGCGUUGAACGACUGCGGGUACCGGGCGGUAGGCAUUCGAAUUGACAGCGGAGAUUUAGCAUACUUAUCAGUACUAGCCAGGGAGACCUUCGAACAAAUUGCUGAGGCUUUUAACCUGCCCUGGUUCGCUAAAUUGACGAUCGUGGCCUCAAAUGACAUCAACGAGGAAACCAUUCUCAGUCUUAAUGAACAGGGCCACAAGAUCGACAGUUUCGGCAUUGGAACACAUUUAGUCACGUGUCAAAGGCAACCAGCCUUAGGCUGCGUCUACAAAUUGGUGGAGAUAAACAGCCAGCCGCGGAUCAAACUGAGUCAAGAUGUCGGCAAAGUCACUAUCCCUGGUCACAAAGAGGCUUAUAGAUUGUUCGGCGCUGAUGGCCAUGCACUUAUUGAUUUGUUGCAACGAUCGUCCGAGCCGCCACCUGCUGUAGGUCAGAAAGUGUUAUGCCGACAUCCUUUCCAGGAAUCGAAGAGGGCUUACGUUAUCCCAAGUAAAGUGGAACAUUUGUAUAAGGUUUACUGGAAUGACGGCCGGAUUUGCGUACAUCCAAAACCAUUACUGGAAGUAAGAGAAAGAGUGCAAUCGUCUCUUCGCACUUUACGACAAGACAUCAAGAGGAAUUUGAAUCCUACGCCAUACAAGGUGGCUGUUAGUGACGAUCUUUACAAUUUCAUUCAUGACCUAUGGCUACAAAAUGCUCCGAUUGGUGAGCUUUCGUGAGUGUUUCUCGGUGUUUCUCAACCUGGUUUAGUUCUGGUAUGGAAUGGAGCUUUAUUCAUUAAGAUAGAUAUAAAUAAAAAGAUGAGAAUACAUUUUUAGGGCUAGUUCUCGCUUUCACCAUAAAAUUUUUCAAGUAUUAGUGCACAUUAAAAGGAAAAUAUAAUUAUAAAUAUAUGCAGCUUUCAUAUAUUCUUACUUCUUUCUUAAUGUGUCCUACCGCUAAAUAUAUUUUACUCUAAUGGCCCAUGUUGCUAACUGUGAGGACUUAGUAAUUAAUUUAAAGGAAAUCGUAAUAAUUAUGCUUUGGUAGAAAACAUUAAAAAAGUGGUGAUAUUAUUGCUCACAACACAAAUAUUGUUGUAAAUACUAAAUAAUGUUUAUGAAUAGAACAUUACGAAAGUAGGAGUUCCUUAUUUAUUAAGAUUACUGAAAUCAAGUGUAUUCAAUCAUUCACCAAUGAUGCCAGUUUUAUUAUACUAGUCAAGAGAUACAAUGUUUUUAAUUUAUUAGGUUAUUAAUUUAGUAUUGUUUUUUAACUAAACAGCAUUCCUUAACUACUUCGAAUAGAAGGAGAGUGACCAAAGCAGCAAUAAGAGAUAUAUUACAGCAGCAUAAAGGGCAAUGUAUCUGACAAGAAUUAAAAAAUAUACUAGUGCAAUUUAAAAAAAGUUAAGUAAUGCGAAAAACGUAAACAAUGAAAUCUAUUCCUCUCCGGGAUAUUUAUUCAGCAGUAUCGUCUAGAUCGGUAAAAAACGGUUUUUGUUUACCCUCUAAAAUAUAUUUCCCUCUUAUCUUUUUUCAAAUACAUGCUCUUUUAUGAGGCUCUCGAUUAGCCUUCAUAUAGAUCCUAGAUGUAGAUUUAAGCUAAUUAUACUCGUAAGUAUCCAUAUUAUUUACUCAGACUCUAUCCUGUUGAUUAUAAAGAGAGAUAAUUGCAAUGCAUUGUACAAAUAAUUAUGUAUUUAUAGUUCUACAUACAGUAGCGCAUUUAGUUUUUUUGGAAGAGUUUUGAUAUUGCAAAUAUAAAAUCUAUUGUUUGGACUAUUGACUUUAUUCUAUGUCAUUAUAAUGUUAUUAAACAGUCCAUUUUAUAUGUGGUUACACAUAAUAUAUGUUAUAAUUUUAUAUUAUGUUUAUUUAAGGUUACAUAUAUUAGAUUGUUGACAAGGUUCGUUUUAACACAAUGAAAAAAUAUAUUUUUAAAAGUACAUAUUAUAUGAGCAAAUAUUUUCAAAAAUAGUUUUUAAACUGGGUAAAAUUAAAAAGUGUUAUGGUUUAUCUGUCAAAACUAGUAGUUUAUCCAAAACCAUAUAUUUAUCUCGUGUGCAGCAAAUUGAAUUAUGUUGGUAAUUAGCCAAUACUAACAAUCAGAGAGAAAUUCUUUUCGCUACUUUUAUAUAAACAGCGUCAAUAAAAGUAUGCAUGAGUAUGCUAACUUGUGUGUCAACUUACUAGAAUUGUCAUAAAAACGACGGUACAAACAAUAGUAUCAGCUCAGCUCAGUUACCGCCUGCAUUGCCAUCGCGUUACCAGGUCACAUACAAAUUCGCGUUUACAUGCUCGACUCGUUUGAUCGAGUAAAAUUCGGACUAAUCCCUCGGAUGACAGUGUUACGAAUUUUUAGAUCAGGUCACAUGUCCUGACUCUUGACGCAAGUUAAAAAACCCAUAAAAAAAAUUCACAACGCCGAAAAAAAAAUUUCACUGCAAAAAUAUGAAAUGUAAGUGUAUGCAAUGCAAACUUUUUAUCGAAGUUGUUUGUGUGUACAGUAAAACCAAUCUUUACGCAUUUAGUACAAAGCUGUUAUUUAAAUGACACUUCUGUUGUAUUUGUUUAAAUGGUUAAGUUAAAACCUGAAUGUUAAUUGGAUACAUGGAAAAACAGGGUUCAAUUUCAUUAUCCAUCGAAAUAUGUUAUAGUAAGUAGUAGUGAUAAUGGCAUAGUACACUAGAACCCUAGAACAAAUAAGUUUAUCUGGCUGGUUUAUUUAUUCUUUUUCUGUAGUUAUAGCCACCGUGGUCGUAUUGAGGGUUGAGAAAUAUAAUGAAUCGCUUCAAAUGCAAUACAACACAAUGUUUUCUGGAUUCAUAAAUGUUAUUUCAUUUAUAAAAAAUAAAUCAAUAUUUACAUGAAUAAUGUCACAUUCUAGAAUGUUUUUCUGAUAUGAUUAUUUUUUAUCAUGUAUGAUAGUGGCACCCAAUAAUAAUAAAGUAUAAUUUAUUUAUAUGCUUGAUUAAAAUUACUAUUUCAUAAUUCGUGAUACACAGCUUUAUCAAUGGGCGGAGCACAGGCUUAAACGGGAUGUGAAUGUAGGCAGCAGUAUAAGGUUUUUAUGAAGACGUUGAAGUAGGCCUGUAGAGAUACUUGAGAUGGUUAUGUGCCUUUGAUUAAACGAACAUAAACUUAGUUAUUUACGUCGCACAGUUUAGGUAGUUAUUAUUUAUCUAUAGAAACAUUUUAUUUAGGAAUAUUAAUAUAUACAGUACUUUUUUUAAA